UAUUGUCAAACCUCCAGUUAGUGAGUGGCCUCAUAAACACUUAGCCUCAACAGAGCACGGAAUACCAACCAGGCCAUUGUUUUAAAUUCUAUAACGGGCGGAAUUCUAAGUCGAAUCGAACAGAAUAAGAAUGCUGAAACAUCUAUUCGUCUUCAGUGUCAUCGUGGCCUAUUGCUAUGGUUUCGGUCAAUUUCACAUGAAGAAAUAUACACCUCCUGUGGACUCGGAUGAGGAGGCCACCAAUAGUGUGCUAAGAACCUAUCGCCGCUGCCUGUGGGAACAGUCGAAAUCCUUGCCGCGCCGUUUGGUGCUGCUCAGUUUGUGCCAGAAUUUAUUCUGUGAAAAUAAUCAUGUUGUAGCCAGAUCCAGGUCUCUUUUUGUAGUCGAAAAGAUGGCUAGACCCAACGACUGUUUGGACAUCCUACCGGACCAGUGCGAGCAGGGCGAUGAGGAGGAGCUAAUGUAUAAACCAUUCCCAGACUGUUGUCCGGUUUACUGUAAUUUGAAGCGGCGUAUGCAGCGUUUGAAGACCAUGCACUUUCGUCAUCGACUUCUGUUGGAUCUGCAACGUCAGCAGGCGGCUGGCGGAACAAAUCUAUUGCUCAAUGAAUAUGGGUUGGAUAGCAUAUAAAAAAAUAACAAAAUACAAGGGUUAAAAGGAACAUAUUCCAUUUAUAAAGGAUUUUCCCAGAUAGCCCUAUUUUAAUGCUUUUCCUGGAAAUGUAUGCUUUUCAUAUUAUUUUCAUAUAUAACUCACAAGUACAUCCUUAUUAUUCUUAUAAAAUUUACAUUCGAUUAACGUAGAUGCCAUGUAACAUUCUUCCUUCUUAUUUUUUAUCCUUUUCAUGUUUUCCUCCUUAACAGUUUCCCUCAAUAAAGUUUUCAUGUUGCUUUCGUUGUAUUUACACUGAUUGCUAUUAAA